AUGGGAUGUGGAAGGAGUCGUCAUAGCUCUACCACUAGUAAACUAGACUCAGAUCAAACUACGUCUGAUAGCAAGGAAAACUUUCACAAGAAAAACAACAACAAACAAGAUAGGAAAGAGAAUAAAGAUCCUAGUGUUAUAAAACCUCUUCUACCAAAAGGUGGUAGUUCUAAAAAAGAGAAAUUAUCAACAGGAAAUAAGAAGUUAUCACCAGAUAGCGUAGAUUCACCAACUAAAUCUCAAUCUCAAUGGUUAAAUGGUUCAUCACAAUCACCUAAAUCUGGUAACUCUAACGGCAUCAAAACUGAUAAAUUUCAUGAGGGUAAAUCAAAAACUGCGUUUAAAGAUCGAAGUUUUACAGGAAAUAAACCUAAUGUACAAAUAACUGGUAGUCAAUUAGAGUUUUUUCGAAUGUUGGAUGAAAGAAUAGAACAGGGAAGAGAUUAUAGUGAUGAUUGA